AUGGACCCCGACACUACAUCACACGAUUCUCUACAUGUUCCUCCACAUCCACCAACUCCUCUCCCAUUGGCACACUUUUCUCCAACUCCCAGUCCCCAGCCCCCAGCACCAGUAUCAUCGAUGCAGGGACCACUACCCGGGCCAGUGCCACAACCAGCCGUGAGCGACUCUAAAGAGCACCUACUUCCAGCCCCAGUACUCGCGCCGAAAAGUGUACUACUACUUUCAGAACCAACGCCGACCGAGCCGAAGAGAGCCGCGAAGGCGCUGCGUCCGAGGACACCCAGAACCGCGCCGAGGACGCCCAAUCCGAUGACACCGCAGGAUAUGGCCAACGACGGUGACGGCGUGGCCACUGCGCUUUCUGGCCCCGCUGUCCCGCGCUCGCCGGUCCCCGAUAGGCCAUUGAACGUGACGGACGCGUUGAGCUACCUCGAUGCGGUGAAGGUGCAGUUCCAGGAUAAGCCAGAUGUGUACAACCACUUUUUGGACAUCAUGAAGGACUUUAAAAGCCAAAUGAUUGAUACUCCAGGAGUUAUUGAGCGUGUUUCAAUGCUCUUCCACGGGAACCCGUACCUCAUACAAGGGUUCAACACCUUCCUCCCUCCCGGUUACCGCAUCGAGCUCUCUACCGACCCGCUCAAUUUGGACACUAUCACCGUCAUGACCCCAGUAGGUACCAUCACGCAGAGUAUCACCGCGUUUGGUACUCCCGUACGCGUCCCGCGCGAGCCACUCUUGGCCGCACCGACGAUCAUCGCGCCGUUUGCUCAGCCACCACCCUUUGGACCUCCCCCGCCCGUUCUGCCCGUUGGUAUCGGGAAUGGUUCGCGCCCACAUACACCGCUACCACACAUGUCCGUUGUCGGCGGUCCGUCUCCAUUUGUCGAGCCUCCUGCUCCUUAUUCGCCCGCGACGCAAGGGGCCCAGACGACUGCUGCUGCGUCCUUCCUGGGCAACUUGAACAAUAGGACCGUGGAGAAGGCUCCGGCUGGCGAGUUUAACCACGCAAUCCAGUACCUCAACAAGAUAAAGAUGCGCUUUGCAGACGACCAAGAAACGUACAAACAAUUCCUAGAGAUCCUGCAGACAUACCAGAAGGAGCAGAAACAGUUGCAUGACUCACAAGUGUAUGCACAGGUUCAGAUGCUGUUCAAGGACGCACCUGAUCUGAUGAAUGAGUUCAAAGACUUCCUUCCAGAAGCCAUGGCACCGUCCGUUCAACCCGCGGGGUUGGUUGGUAUCAUGCCCCAUCCAGUAAGUAGUUCUGGCCCUUGGACUCAAGGUGAACCGUCCACCGCACCACCGGAGAAGGUUAGUAAAGCUCCUAACAGACGGCGGAAGCGAGCCGCCGACAAGGAAACACCUGCGACGCAGAAGGGUGGAAGCCGAGCCAAACGAGCGAAGACGACUCAAAAACCGGAACCGGCGUCGCCCAAAUUCUCACCGUAUCAGGUCCCACAGUCUCCUCAGCCAGUCCCGCCCCCUCCGCACCAGCCAACCAGCGCUCCGCAUCAUCCUCACGCAACUCAUACCCACGCCCUGCAACCCACUGCUAUCUCACCGAAUCCAUCCGUAACCACCUCGGAAGAGCUCCUGUUCUUCGAUCGCACCAAGCGAGCAUUGGAGAACGGUGGAACGUAUGAAGAAUUCUUGAAGCUGCUGAACCUUUUCGCGAAGGAUAUUAUUGACACAGAAACCCUAAUUGACCGUGCGGAAAUCUUUCUGGGCGAUGGGGACCUUAUGACGCAGUUUAAGGACCUGAUGAACUGGGAUGACAAGCAUGGCAAUGUUGAGUACGGACCGCCGGGCAGCAUCAGGACUGGUCCUCCGGACGUUUACGCAGCAAGGAUCCCAGACGAUGGCCAGGGACCGAGCUAUCGCCGAUUGCCAGACAGUGAAAUUCACCUUGCAUGCUCUGGCCGCGACGAACUUUGUUGGUCUGUGCUCAACGACGUGUGGCUCUCCCACCCUACGUGGGCAUCGGAGGACGCCGGGUUCGCUGCACAUAAAAAGAACCAGUUCGAAGAGACACUAGCUCGGAGCGAAGAUGAGCGGCAUGAAUACCACGUGCAAAUAGAUGCUCUCCAACGUACAAUCGCUGUGCUGGAGCCGCUGGAUGUGCGCCUCGAGGAAAUGACGGCUGAAGAGCGUGCUCAGUUCAGGCUGAAGCCUGACCUUAGCGGCACUGGGCGGGCAAUCUACGAGCGCAUUAUCAAAAAGGUCUAUGGGCGGGACGCCGGGCUGGAAAUUCUGAAAGCGCUCCAAGAGUGUCCUGCGGUCGCUGUCCCCGUCGUGCUUCAACGACUGAAGCUGAAAGACUAUGAAUGGCGGCGAUGGCGGCGCGAAUUUAACAAGACAUGGAAGGACGUAGAUGUGAAGAAUUUUUACAAGGCUCUUGACAUGCAAAGCGUCGUCUUCAAGACGAACGACAAGAAGAAUAUUACUGCCAAGCAUUUCGUGCAGGAUAUUGAAGCUGCGAAGGCUGCACAGACCCAAGCCAGGGAAGCGGAAACACGUCCCACUCCCAUUGGCAAAUCACUUGGCCACCAGCUGGAGUACGAAUUCAGUGACACGGGCGUUCUGCACGAUUCCCUCAAACUGAUUUAUUCGUUCCUCGAUCAUUCUCCGUCACUGUACGGUCCUUCGGAACGGCGCGGCAUUGAGCGCUUUUUGCGCCAAUUUGUCCCCCUCUUCUUCAUGUAUCCCGUGCAGGAGUUCAACGCUGCGUGUGGGCCUCUGGAGGGUGGUCACGAUGACGAUAUGACUGACGAUACUGUUCUAAGUACCGACGGAGUUGAUGACCAUCCAAUCGCUAACCGCGACCGCAGUGGAAGGCGGCAACCGAGCGGGAACCACUCUACUGCUGUCUGUGCUGGUGACCUCAGAAGGCGACUUCUAAGAACGGCACAAGAACGAUCACCCCGGACGAAGACGAAGGAACUCUCUUCGCGUUCAGCGGCUCAUACUAGGUCUACAUCCCCAGUCCCGAACGAAGGAAGUGCGUCAACUGCGCGGAUCAAAGCAUCUAGGCUGAAUCAAGAAUUGGCCAUCGAGGAUACUCUCCGCACAAGCCCCGAGGAUAUUUGGAUCAUGGAAGCUGGAGCUGCUUCUGCUAGCGCAGGCGAGGGGCCGAUUCGGAGGCGGCCUUUUUUCGCAAAUACAACAUUCUAUACGCUGUUGCGCCUUCUGCAGCUGUUGUAUUCACGGCUGCUGCUGUGCAAGGACUUCGGAGCGCGCACGGCUGCGGAAAAGCAUGCCAGUUUGCUCGCGAACCCUGUUGCUGUCCAGCUGGGAUUGGACGAACCCAAUGGCCCACCUGCCGUACUGGCCCAAGCAAUGGAAGCUUUAGGUGAAAGUCGAACAGCCGAGGAGCCGAAUGUUCUAUAUCUGUACUUGCUCGACGCAUGCGAGAAGGUAUUUGCAACCGAGCUGGACCAACCUGUGUUCGAGGAGCAUAUGCGUUGGUUCUUCCGUACCAAGGCAUAUCAUGUCUUUACCCUGGAUAGGGUGAUCACCGCGAUUGUCAAACAGGUACAAACCAUAAUGGCGGACCAUAAGUGUCAAGAGCUAUGGGGACUUCUGCAAGCAGCACGAAGUGAAGAGGUUCUUACGGCACAUGAUACCAUCCGAUAUAGGCGGGAAGCAGAGCGUCACGUUGGAUCAGAUGACAAUCUAUACCGGUUCGACUGGGACGCGCAGUCGAGGAUGAUACGGAUCCAAUUGGUGGGUGGGGGUGAUGCCAGCGUGGAUGAAGACAACUCGACAAUCGGGCGGUGGCAGGAGUAUGUUGCGAGUUAUGUUCUGGCACACGCGACGGAAUGGAUGCCUGCAGAACCGCGGCAACAUGGGGGGUUAUUCUUGAGACGGUGCCUGAUGGACGGGUCCGAGAAAGGGGAAGCGCUGCAGCGGGAGAAGGGGGUGCGGAUAGUGGUUGCCGCAGGAACGUACAGGCUGAUGUAUGCAGCGGGGAGCGAGGAGACGUUGUGGCGACGGCGGGGAGAGGCAGCGGACGGGGAGCUCAGGGCUCGUGCACGUGCACAGGCGGAGGAGCGGAUGCGACGACUGGGGCGGCUGCUUUCGUAG